AUGGUCCGAGCGGAACGGAACGAGCACCUCGAGCACCUCGAGCACGGACACGACAAGCACCAGCCCCGCCUCAGAGACAUCAAACACAGCAUCCACAAGCAGCAGCGACGCAUCAUCGACCACAUCGGCCCCUUCGGAACCGACCAACAGCAGCGAGCCAACCAGCUCGACGUCCUCCUCGCUCGCCCCGGUGCCCACCCCAGUGGCUUCACCAUCACAGUCGACCGCGGCCCGGCCGCCGGCGUGCUCCUGAAAGCCCGGAGCUCACCGGGCAUACAGGGCACCUUCGGCUUCGUGGGAGGCAACCUCUUCGUGGCGCCGGCGACGUGGGACCCCGCGUCCGGCCGGAUCCUGGUGUUCAACGGCGCCUUCGCCCUGUGCGCCGCGUACCCGGUACCCGCGUACGCCGCCACCGCGCCGCCCAAGGUCAUGACCUGCUCCCCGCAGACCCCGCUGAAUGCCUACGUCAGCGUGCGGCUGAUCACGUGCUCCGCCCCGCGGCCGGAUCCGUCGUCGUCGUCGGCGGCGGCGGGGAUCCCGAUGUCGUGCAGCGCUCCGUCGUGCAGGAUGACCCAGAACGUCCCGGGCUCCCCGUCCAGGGCCAUCUGCGAUGAAGAGGGCCCGAUCUUCACGUUCUACACACAAAGCCCCGGAGGCAGCGCCACUGCUGCGAACCCCAAUUCGCGGUACCUGGUCAUCGCCCCCGAGGUCCUGCCUGACGGUUUUCCGGUCAUGGAGAAGGUCAACCUGCUGGCUGUGCCGACGUAG